UAACUCAAUUCGGUAUGUGGUGUGUGUGUCAGUAUAAAAGUGCCAGUGCGGGAGGUUUGUCCACAUACCAUCUGACAACAUGAAGGUCCUGCUUCUCACUUUGCUGCUCCUGCUGUGUAGCACUCAAGUGCUCACACUCAGAUGCUACACCUGUGAAGGUGACGACCACUGUAAGAUGGAGACAGAUUGCCCGCCAUCAGCUCAGUACUGCCAGACCAAGAUCAAUGGUGACGAAAUUUCUCGAACUUGUGAGGAAUUCUGUGCCGAAGACUAUUCCACAAACUGCUGCGAAAGCGACCUUUGCUGAGCCUGAGUCAUCCCUCAGCGUUCACUUUCACUUUCUGAUUAAUGAAAAUAGUAAAUGAGAAAGUAAUUACUUAAAUCUAAAUCUGACGGAAGAUGAUUUGUUAGAUUAUACGAUUUUAAUGUGAUUUUCCUGUCUUUGAUUUAUCUUGCUUUAAUUUUAAUGAAAUCUACAAAUGUUGAAUUAUUUAGUUUCAUCUCACAGGCUUCUGAAACUGUGCAACA